GUGAUAUAGGAAAUUUCGCCUGUAUUUUCAGUGGAUCCUUAAAUUUCCUACCCUUUUGGAAUUCGUCUCUGAACCAUUUUAUCUCACCAUGGCGACCGACACUCUUCCCGAAAGCGUCGGCUUCCUUACAGACGCUGCACAUCUUCUUAUGAAAUCGGCUCCAGAGACCUCGGCGUAUAUUAUGUCACAACGGAACUCGUUAAUGUUCCAUAAUGAUUUAGAGCAGUCGGGUAUGCAGAGGCAACACGUCUGUGGUGCCUGUGGUCAUAUCAUGAUCCCCGGGCAAGGGAGUGAGCUUAAGAUCGAUACUAACAAGACUAUAUGGAAAAGGAAGAACAGCAGAAGCAACGGAACUUCGAAGAGGACGAAUGAGAAGACCGUGCGAACAGCUGGAUGUCGGAAACGAUUUACUUGUGAGAUGUGUCAUCGUUACACCGAUAUUUCGAUUCCUCCACCAGCACCUAUUUCUAGGCGUCGCCAACUAAAAUCCUCAAAACCCCUAGUUCUGGGUGCACCAGCUUCUAUUGUUUCUGCUACUUCUAUUUCGGAACCAGGCAAGGUCUCUGCCAAUGCCAACAGUAAGAAGAGAGCUAAAAGUAGGAAGCAAGGUCUUCAAGCAUUACUUCAGCAAGCGCAAUCUUCUGCUUCCAAACCCCAAAAUGGCCUUGGUUUAAGUCUUAGCGACUUCAUGAUGAAGUGACUUAAUUCAAUGAUUCCUUCUACGUUUAUUAUGUACCUACGUACAUGACAGCUAGGGGGUUGCUACGCUGCUUACGGAAGCUACUAUGGCCUUGGGAAGCCUCAGCUUCUGGACCUUUCCAACAGGGACUAGCAAUCACUAGCUCUCAGGCGAUGGUGCGCUGAUAAGCCUGAUAUGUCAUAACCCCGCGCUACCGCGACCAAGACCGAAACUGCCCCUCCAAAAUUUUUGAGUCAAGCAGAAAAUCGAACGCUUUCGAUCAACACCCUUAACUCGGCAACAAACCAAUAUUCGACGGAACGACAUACAACUAUUUGUAUCGAAUAAUAACUAAAGAGUUUACAAAGGAUCGAAUAUGCCUUCAACUGAAGAGCAAGGCAACUCGAAGAAACAGUCCUCGACUGAUUUCUUCGAGUCCAUCGGCCAGAAAGCUGGACACCUCAACCCCACUACUAAUGGCACAAAUGGUGUCGCGCACACGGGUGACGAUGACGAGAAGGUCGUCGAAGAAAUUGAGUCGCUAUGCAUGAACUGUCAUGAAAAUGUAAGUCUACUUUC